CCGUUAUUUACUAUUUAUGACAGCAAGCGUCACAUAACAUCAUUCUUGUGAAAAUAUUUUGUAUGAUUUCUUAUCAAUUUAUUGGCACAUGUUUACGAAUUCAGAACUGAGUUAUUAUUUUUCCAAGUGUAGUUUUAGACCUGACGAGAAUCAUGUCAUUCACACAAACACGGUUGGCUCUUUGAAUAAUCUGAAUUUUCUCUCCUGAAAAUUUUAAAAGAGACAAGACAAAUUAUAAAAACUCUUUGAAUAACAGUAUACUUGAUUAUCAAUUGCUUUAAAUAAUGCGUUAAGCAAAAUUAAACAAUUUUAAUAAUUGCUUCAGAGGUUUGCUUAGUUUGACGACUAUUCAUGGGAGUAACUAUGUACGCAUACAUGUUUAGUGUGUGCAUUUGUUUUCAACCGUGUAGUAAAACAGAAGUUUUCUUAAUCGAAAAAAUAAAUUUCAGUAUAGAAAUAAAUAUUUUGCAGGCAACACGUGUUUGUUUUCUGCGUUCUUCGUUGUUUAUUCGCCUCAUUCCGUGUCUAUUCGCAUUCGUUUGAUUUUUUAAUUUUAGACGGUAAUUAAUUUUUGUGUGAACUUAUAUAUUUACCUAUGUUUAAAUGUAUAAAAAAUAGAAAAGAAGUGAUUGAUUUAGUGAAUUGUGAAUAGUUUUGAAAGUAGUCCUUGUGAAUGUCAUAUGAUUAAUUUGUAUGAUUUUAUAUGAAGUAUGGUAUAUGUAUUUAAUUUGCCUAAUCCUUUAGAUAUAGUAGCAGCAGUUACAACUAGCUUUGUAAAAUUUGAUUCGAAGAGAACAUACUUCACGAACACGAAUUCUUCAUUUAGCACCAAAAUAUAGAAAGUAUCAGCCAAAGGCGGUUUUAGGAAAUAUUAUUAAUUUGACUUAUUGGCAAUAUUGACGGUAUUAGUACUGCUAACACGGAAUCAAUUGUGCAUCGAUUUAUAUAAACUGCAUUCAAAUACAUAUAUUUUAAUUAGUUUUCAAUAUUCAGGUUGUGCGUCAUCAUUACUUCCUCCCCACUAAACUAUAACUUUUUAUACUGUUUGUGUUUUAUUGUAAAUUUAGAAUUUCUAUAAUUAAGCCUAUAGAAAAUAGGAAUAUCGUAUGAUCCGCAUUUAAGCGUUGACUAUUGAUUAGAUUUGAUCUUCUCCUAACCUGAGUUCAUGUAGUUGAUAAGUUAUCAGACCAAUAGGGUCCAUAUAACAGUAUAAAAUGGUUCAUGUGUAAACAGUUAUAGAUUUACCGCCACUAAUAGCCCACUUAACUCGGAAUUUUUUCAAGUUCUGUUAGAAAGUACAAGUAAACUGCAAUUAUGCUGAGAAGGAAAUCGGAUACCACUGGUCAAGUCAGCAAGUGGCGUUUUGCUACAAUUAAGGAAGAUAAUAACAUUGCAGAUUUAGAAAGAAGAAAAUCGGACACGAUGAGUCAAGAAAGCAAAUCGCACAAGUAUAAAGCCUAACCAAACCGAACUCAAUACGAAACGAAAGCAGUGAAACUUAUAGAGAAAUCUGUUUUAGACUUUCUGCCAACCGCAAAAGAACCACGAGACUGCUCUACAAACAAUAGGCUUGGCCAAGCGGCCUGCAGGCAGGCAAACAGGCAGAAGACAGGGUGUAGUUAAAUUUGUGUUUUACGCACUGGUCGGCCUAAGCAUCUUUAAAUAUUCACAACGUCCACCAAAUUUCGUUAGAAACGAAAUAAAGACUACAUUAAUAAAAUAAGAAAUUUUGAUAUAAUAAUAUCCAUUUUCUGGGCAACAUUUACAUGCUUAAAAUUCCAUAAAUGUAACUGUCACAAAGUGGUAAACCGCAGCAGCUAGUUAGUGAUUUAAAGAGAACUUAAUAUAUUUUUUGAUUAAUACUGUCUAAGUUUGAAUUUUAAAAGGACUAUUUAUGAAUACUAUUGAACGUACCAAUGUAAUCGUAUCAUCAGAAUCAUCAUCAUCAUCAUCAACAUUAUCAUCUCCAUCACCAUCUUCUUCAUUGUCUUUAUCAACGACAGUUAUAUCACCAUCAUUAAACGAACUGGCUUCAUUAAACACUAUCAGUUCGUCAACAACGACGAAGACUGCGACGACAGCAUCACAGUCAUCCACUGCGUUCUCAUUGCCAGCAGAUACAUUGACAACAUUUUCAUCAUCUCCUUACAGAAAAGAUCAGUCUAGCGCACUUAGCACUAACACUCAAGCUCAUAUACACGACCAAACGCAGACGACGCAACAACCACUUUUGGUUGCAUCCCCGACACCACCGCCCACACCGCCUCCAUCUAUUAUCGAUUCAUAUUCAUCAUCCGCCUCCACAUCACCUUGCUCAUCAACCACCUCAGCAUCCUUUCCCCAAACGUCCAUUGAAAAGUUCAAGAAUCAAGAAACACAAACCCAAUUGACCCUCACAAAUUCCCUACUGCUCUCCUCCACAGCAUCUGUCGUUGCCGCUGCAAUCAAAAACCAGUCCCUUGUACGCUCUGUGACCGCCACUAGCAUAAUGGAUAUGCCCUUCAACACAUCACCCUCGCUGCGCGUGCGUACCACCUCGCUCAAUCAAUUGAAGAAAACAGCUGAUCUUGCCAUUGGAAAUGAGUUACAUGUCUGUCCAAGCAUCAUGUCUGAUGAAUUGCGAAAAUUGCUACCGCCAACAUCUGAAACGGUGAUGACUAAGCCAUUUCCGGUACGAGGUGAACGAGCCAUUACCGACGUUACUACACCGCAUGUAAUUGCUAUGGUCGGUUUGCCGGCUCGUGGUAAAACUUUUAUCUCGAAAAAACUUGCGCGUUACUUAAAUUGGAUAGGCAUUUCAACGCGCGUUUUCAAUUUGGGCGAAUACCGUCGUUGUGCGACAACAGCUUACAAGUCACAUGAGUUUUUUCGCGCUGAUAAUGAAGAGGCAAUGGCCAUACGAAAUCGCUGUGCUAACCACGCACUUCACGACUCCUGCGAAUGGCUGCUGAGCGGCUUGGGCAGCGUUGCCGUGUUUGAUGCGACGAACUCGACAUGUGAUCGUCGUCAACUAAUCUAUGAUACUGUCGUUAAACAACAUAACUUCCGCUUGUUCUUUGUGGAAUCUAUCUGUGACGAUCCAAACAUUAUCGAACAAAACAUUAAAGAAGUAAAGGUGAGCUCUCCCGAUUAUUACAAUAUGAACACAGAGCUUGUGGUACGCGACUUUCUACAACGUAUUGAACACUACGAAGAACGCUACCAACCGAUUGACGAGGAAACGGAAUCGCAUCUUAGCUUUUUAAAGAUUUAUAAUGCAGGCAAAAAGACCGUAGUGUAUAACAACGAGGGUCAUGUAGAAUCACGUAUAGUUUAUUACUUGAUGAACACUCACAUAACGCCACGUACUAUAUAUUUGACGCGUCAUGGCGAAAGUGAACAUAAUCUAAAGGGACUUAUUGGUGGCGAUUCGAAUCUUAGUGAACGUGGACGUCAAUACGCCAAGGCAUUGUCCUCGUACAUUGAACAGCAACACAUUGAUGGAUUACGCGUUUGGACUUCGUGGAUGAAACGUGCUAUACAGACUGUGGCGGAUGUAAAGGCUCCACAAGAACGUUGGAAGGCGCUAAAUGAAAUUGAUGCCGGUCAUUGUGAAGAGAUGACCUACGAACAGAUCAAAGAAAAAUUUCCUGAAGAAUUCAAGGCACGCGACUUAAACAAGUUUGCUUAUCGUUAUCCACGCGGGGAAAGCUAUGAGGAUUUGGUAGCGCGUCUUGAGCCGGUUAUAAUGGAGUUGGAACGUCAAGGUAAUGUGUUGGUAGUAUCGCAUCAAGCGGUUUUGCGUUGUUUAUUUGCUUACUUCUUGGAUAAGUCUGCCGAUGAGCUUCCAUAUUUGUUUGUGCCGCUUCAUACAGUCAUCAAGCUGACACCGGUAGCUUAUGGAUGUAAGGUGGAGCACAUUAAGUUGCCAAUUGAUGCGGUUGAUACACAUCGUCCGAAACCGAAGAUACCCGGUGAUGUGUCUCUGGGCCUGGAUGGAUUGAGUGGUGAAUUGGUGGCACCCGAUGGCGUGGGUAAGGUUUUGAUUGUGGGUGACGAUGUCAACUCGGCAAAUGGCAGUAACAGAGCUAUGGGCAAUGGAUUGGCGGUGGUGACAGAGGGCGUGGUUGUUGGCUCGAAGGAUGCAGCUAAGAACAAAGCGGCUUACCUCUGACGGCAACAGCCAGGUACUCCACUCAAACGAGGACUGCUGGCAAACCUCCAAAAGGUUAAUACAUUAUAAGAUAAUGCAACAUAAGCAAACAUAUAACAAAUGUACAUUAAGCAUUCUAACUAAAUUUGUAAUGAUGAACAUUUAGAUUGAAUAGUUACCUGAUAGUUGAUGGUGAUUUUGCACAUGAGUUUUUUUAUAACUAAUUAGUGAUAUGGAACUGUUUAAGAGGUUCAUUAAUGGCCCAAAAGUUUACUAUUGCAACUUGUAUAUGACUGGACUCGAUUUUGUAUGCUCAUAGUAUAGUUUUAGCUAAAUGCUAAUAAAUUAUAUGUACUUAUGUAUGUAAUAGUACGCUUUUGCGAGAAUGUUUUCGUCUAGUUACGUGCUGAGUACACACAUACCCAUCUAUACACGCAUAUUUCAAUCGUAUAUUAUUAUACCCAAAGGUUUAAAAAUUAAACAUAUAGUUAAUAAUAAAUUUUAAUGAUUGUAAUACAUACCCCAAAAACUAUCAGUUUUAAACUUAUUUUCGUAAAUUUGUGCUAACAGUUUUUUUGCGAAUGUUUGUAUUUUAAUGAAGAUGUGAAAUUUGUAUUCAAUAUAAUUUAUUAAAUUUUUUUGCAGAGGUAAGAAGACUAGGCUGAAACUAUUUUGUAGCUAACAGCAAACUACUCAAAAUAAUAAUUGUUGUAGCCUAAUACAAACUAAAAUACAUAUAUUUUGUAAAAUUAAGAUUUUUGUCAUUAAUUGAAAACAACACCUACUGUACUGAAUCCCAAAUAAAUUAUUGUAUGAUGAAGAUA